GGCUGCAGCGGCAGGACAAGUCAGAGAGUCAGUGCCUCAGUAGUAGCGGAGGAGGGAGGUUGUACGCAUCCGCUUCUCCCUGUCACUCCACGCAGCCUCCUACAACCAAGUCAUCCACGAGUGACCCCUUAUAUAACCUUACGUGUCUAUACCUCCCCUUCCUCUUCCGGGACUCCAGGCAAGGAGAGAGGCUGAAACAUUCCCUUGACGAUCAAAAGUGCUGAUGUUAAUGCAUUUCCUGUCCCCUGACGCACUUUGAUGGAGAACUCUUAGGGUUGGCUCAGACGGCAGGAAACAGCGGGCCUUGUGUUGGGAAGUGCCCGGAAAUACACCGAGGAAACACUGUAUAGAUAAAGAAAACUCUUUGUAUGCGUGUAUACGUGUGACUUGAGGCUUGCUAGAACUUAACAUUAUUUUUUUCCCCAACGUAUUUACCGGUGUGACUCCUUACUUUCUCUCACCGACUCUCAACGCUACAAAAAUCAACAUCAAUAGGAACUUCAGUAACCAUUCCGUUUUAACUCGUGCACUCUGAAGCAGGCGAGGCGACACUGAAGGCUCACAGGCACACACACACACACUCAAGCUUCCAAUGUGACUGCAAAGAGACGCUAUUUUUACAAGCGAUGGAGCGGGUGACGGCAGCGCUGGUGGUGGCGGCGUUGAGUGUGGUGGUAGUGGUGGUGGUGAUGGUCCCAGGAGGGUGUCACGCUACCCCACUACCUGUUCGGGUGUCACCACAGGCGUCCCACAGAGAGAGACUAGAGGCGGCUCGCUCCCUCCUCGCCUCCUCCCCACUUAUUGAUGGCCACAAUGAUCUGGCCUGGAAUGUCCGCAAGUUCCUUCACAACAAGCUGCGUUCCUUCAAUCUGUCCAGUGACUUGACGAAGGAGAAGCCGUGGAGAAACUCGCCCUUCUCUCACACUGACUUGCCGCGACUCAGGAAGGGACAGGUGGCAGCCCAGUUCUGGUCGGUGUACGUGCCGUGCGAGGCGCAGUACCUGAACACCGUGCAGCUGCUUCUGGAACAGGUGGACGCCGUGCGCAGGAUGGUGGCGUCCAGUCCAGGCCACACCAGACUCGUGCGCUCCUCUGCAGAGAUCCUGCAAGAGUUUCGGCGCGGGCGUGUGGCGAGUCUGAUGGGCGUGGAGGGCGGACACGGCCUGGCCAGCAGCAUGGGCGUGGUGCGGGCGCUCUAUGACCUCGGUGUGCGCUAUGUCACUCUCACCCACAAGUGUCAUACGCCCUGGGCCGAGUGUUCCGAGGACGUGCCCCAGCGCCCCAACACACCUGGACUCACUCCCUACGGCAAGGAACUUAUUCGUGAGAUGAACCGCGUGGGACUGAUGGUGGACCUCUCGCACGCCUCCUCCAAGACAGCGAGGGACGUGCUGACCGUCACCCGCGCCCCCAUCAUCUUCUCCCACUCCGCCACCCGCGCCCUCUGUGACAUAGAGAGAAAUGUGCCAGACGACGUUCUCAGUUCCUUGGCUGACAACGGCGGCAUGGUGAUGAUCAGCUUCUACAACGACUUCCUCACCUGUGGCCAGACAGCUUCCAUCCAGGACGUGAUCGCUCACAUCAACCACGUGCGCACCAUGGCGGGCGUGGACUACGUGGGGAUCGGCGCGGGCUACGACGGAAUCAACAGGACUCCCACGGGACUGGAGGACGUGUCGAAGUAUCCUGAACUGUUUGCUGAGCUGCUGCGGGACUCCACAUGGUCACUGCAGGAUCUCAAGAAGCUGGCAGGACUCAAUCUUCUAAGAGUCCUGUCCGACGUCAACCAGGUGCGGGAGGAGCUGGCCGGGGAGAAGCCGUCAGAGGAGAUUAUCCCCAUCCACGACAUCGACACCAGGUGGCCGUGCAGAUACAAGUUUGCCAGCCUCGACGACACACGAACCUGACCUCCUUCUCCCUCACUCUCCCACCCCAACCCUUGAAGACUCACCUCCUUCCACCCCACUCCACCCAACGCUGCCUCCAAUACUGACUCGUGGGUUGAAGUGUGUCUGUUUCCCUGCUCUCUCUCUCUCUCUCUCUCUCUCUCUCUCUCUCUCUCUCUCUCUCUCUCUCUCUGAGUGUGUCACAUUGUCAUUAUCUUCGUCAAUAUUUUCGUUCUUCGUAUAAUUUUCUCUGACUUAUCCCGACUUCCCCAGAGAGAGAGAGAGAGAGAGAGAGAGAGAGAGAGAGAGAGAGAGAGAGAG